UUUUAUCCCUAUAAAACCUGAAGGAAGACACGCCCGUAUGUCAUCCCGCAGCUAGCAUUUAGACGCAUCGGAUCGCCGCGAUCCCCGGGAUCUCUAGGUGUCCUUAUUGAGGAAACAUUACACUGAGGCACCUUCAUCACGAAAGGAAGUGAAAGUGGUGUUGCGGCGACUAAUGCUCAAGGUUUGGCCGAUGCAUCCCGAGAACGUGCUCAAGAAAAUGCGGGGAAAGCCGCUUCCUGGGAAAUUCAUACUCGCACUGUGCAUUUCGAGCUUCCUGGCAGGAUCGCUCUUCACCAGCCGAACAUGGACUACUCACCCUUCUCCCGAAACCGACGGACAAAUGCCGACCAUUAGGGAUGAUAUGCCGAUGCAGGAUUGCGACCACAAGCGUAAACUUGUCGAGGAACAAUCUGGAGAUAUAGCGGAGGAAGUCACCAGGACCCGCCAAGUCAUCAAGUCUCUUGAAAAAACAAUGUCUAAACUGGAGACGGACUUGGCCGUGGCUCAUACAAGCCAACACGGAGCGUCCUCAUCUAAUCACAGUCUCGAGAAGGCCUUCGUCGUCAUCGGGAUCAAUACGGCGUUCAGCAGCAAACGGAGGCGAGAUUCGCUCCGGCAAACGUGGUUGCCUAGAGGAGAGAAGCUAAAGAAGCUGGAGAAAGAGAAAGGGGUGGUGGUGAGGUUCGUGAUCGGGCACAGCACGACCCCCGGCGGGGUCCUGGACAGGGCGAUCGACGCGGAGGACGCGAAGCACCACGACUUCCUCAGGCUGGACCACGUCGAGGGCUACCACGAGCUCUCCUCCAAGACCCGCCUCUACUUCUCCACCGCCACCUCGACCUGGGACGCCGACUUCUACGUCAAGGUCGACGACGACGUCCACCUGAACCCAGGCACGUUGGUGAGCACACUGGCUAGGUAUCGGUCCAAGCCGCGGAUCUACAUCGGGUGCAUGAAGUCUGGCCCAGUUUUGUCACUAAAGGGCGAAAAAUACCACGAGCCGGAGUUCUGGAAAUUCGGGGAAGAAGGGAACAAGUAUUUCAGGCACGCCACUGGCCAGCUCUAUGCCGUCUCCAGGGACCUCGCUUCCUAUAUUGCCACCAACUCGCCGAUAUUGCAUAGGUAUGCAAACGAGGACGUUUCGGUGGGGGCCUGGUUCAUCGGCCUGGAGGUUGACCACGUUGACGAGCGGUCCAUGUGCUGUGGGACACCCCCAGACUGUGCACUGAAGGCGGAGGCCGGGAACGCGUGCGUGGCGUCGUUCGAUUGGUCGUGCAGCGGCGUGUGCAGAUCCGCGGAGAGGAUGAAGGAGAUCCACAGGCGGUGCGGGGAAGGUGACGGCGCUCUUUGGGAUAUUCGUCUGUGACCCCCGGAAGUUUGCUUAAAUUGUGUUUUGCACCCCACCU